AUGGCAGAUUAAUCUAUUAAAGGAACUAAUUGGGGUAGAGUUAUUAUAGAUGAUAAGAAUUUGAGUUUAUCUCAUCUAUCUCAAAAUGUCAUUAAAUUCCCUCUUAAGAGAAUUACUAAUUCUAAUAUUUAAAAGAAUGAUAUUGUAUUGUAAUUAAGUACUGAGGAAUGUGCAGAAAAGUAUAAGGUUUCUAAUUAUUCUUUAUUAGUGAAGAUAUGUUAUGUGAAGUCAGAUUUUAUAUUCCUCCAAGAGAACAAGUAUAUUUAUAAUAUUUAAAUAUUAGAAAACAGAAAAAAAGAAAUAGGAAUCAAAUGAAGAAGAAUAAGAUGAAAUAUCAUAUCUAUAAUAAGUUUAAAAUCAGAUUGUCAAAAAAGCAAAAAUUGGAGGUAGUAGUGAUUCAAUACUAACUAUUCAUGAAGUACCCUUAAUUGUACCUAGAGGGAAAUAUACUAUGGAUUUCUUUAAAAAAGACAUUCGAUUUCAUGGCAAUACUUAUUAAUUUAAUACUGAUUAUAAGAGUAUUACUAGAUUCUUUUUACUUCCUAUGCCAGAUGAAGUCAAUCUUUCAUUGGUUGUUGGUCUUGAAAAUCCUAUUAAAUAGGGUCAAACUGCUUAUAAUUAUAUAGUAAUGUAAUUUAGGAAAGACUUAGAAAUAUAAAUUGAGAUGAAAUAUACAAGAGAAUAAUUAGAUAAUAUUGGAUGGAAAGGAAUUAGAUUAGAAUAUUCUGGUUCUAUGUUUGAUGUAGUAUGUGAUAUUCUCUCAGAAAUUACAGGAAUUAAAGUAGUAUCACCUAAGAAUUUCAAAUGCAAGAAUGGUUUAUUUUGUUUGAGAUGUUCAGUUGUACCUCAUUCAGGAUUUUUAUUUCCAUUAGNACUAUUUGUUUGA